AGAGAGAGAGAGAGUAAGGUUUUCGCUCUGCGGGAAUUUUGAGACGGCGUUGGUGACCGGUCUCUGUUUCGGUCAACAUUCCGGUGUCUCGGCUUGCCGGAGAGGAGCGAUUACGGUAUCGGAGGUCUUGUUGCAAAAGAGCUUUGUUGUGUGAAACUGCGAAGGUUUGAUAUGUCUCACAGAUCAAAGGAAGAAAAGGAUAAGUUGUCUGAUUUCAAGUACUAUGAGGACAAGUAUUAUUAUGAGUUGAAGAAAGGUAGUUACAAAAUAAAAGAUUCUGAUUCAACUUACAGAUGUCCAUUUUGCCAUGAGAAAAGUAGGCCAAGUUAUCAACUCAAGGAGCUUUCAAGACAUGCUUCUUCUAUCGGUAGAGGCUCACACAGCUGUGGUAUAAAAGAUGAAGCCAAGCACUGGGCUUUGAAGUGUUAUAUUGAUAAAUAUGUUGAUGUGAAGAGUCGGUUAGAAUGGCCUAAAGAACUUGCACAGAAGAUAGGAGGACCUAAAGAAUCUGCGGUCAAGUUAGAAGGGCCUAGAGAACCUGCAGCCAAGCCAGAAAGGGCUAGAGAACCUGCAGCCAAGAGGGAAAGGCCUACAGAACCUGCAGCCUCUGCAGUCAAGUUAGAAGGGCCUAGAGAACCUGCAGCCAAGAGGGAAAGGCCUACAGAACCGGCAGCCAAGACAGACGUUUCUGUAGAGCCGGCACUGAAGAAAGAACGUUAUUUAGAGCCUGCACAGCAGAUAGAAAGGCCUACAGAAUCCCCUAAACUGAAUGAUGAGAAAUUGUUUGUAUGGCCUGUGAUGGGUGUUUUGGCAAACAUUAAAACUGAGUUUAAAGGUGGGAAACACGUUGGUGAAAGUGGGUCUAAAAUAAAAGCCGAGUUGACAGCAAAAGGUUUUAAUCCUGUGAGGGUUCAUCCUUUGUGGAAUUUUCGCGGUCACUCCGGUUUUGCAGUUGUUGAAUUUGAGAAUAACUGGGAAGGUUUCAACAAUGGUAUGUCCUUUGAGAGAAGUUUUGAAGUUGAGCGCCAUGGAAAAAGGGACUAUAAUCUGACGAGGAAUAGAGGAGAUCAAUUCUAUGGUUGGGUUGCUCGGGAUGAUGAUUACAAUUCAAGAAGCAUAGUAAGUGAUUAUCUCCGCAAGAAUGGUGAUUUGAAGACUGUUUCUGGUCAGCAAGCUGAGGAACAGAGAAAAACUAUAAAGCUUGUAUCCAAUCUACAAAACACCUUGGAGAUAAAGAGUUCACAUCUUGAGGAGAUGCAAAACAAAUAUCAAAAUACUGCUAAUUCCUUAAACAAAGUAGUGCAUGAAAGGGACGCGAUACUCAAAGCUUUCAAUGAGGAAAGAGAGAAAAGGGAACAGAUGGAAAAAGAAUACUUCUGGAGGAUAUUGAAGGAGCAUAAGGAAGCUGCAACACAGUUGGAAGAUCAAAGAAAAGAGCUAGAGCGCCGUGAGAAGCUACUGCAACAACGCAGGGCACUAAAUGACAGUGAGAGGAGGAAACUCCAUCAUGAUAGGCAAAUGAAUGCAAGGGCUACUUUGGAACAGAAAAAAGCUGAUGAAAGUAUGUUACGGUUGGCAGAAGAACAGAAGAAACAAAAGGAGGCACUAAGGAAAAAAAUCAUUCAAUUGGAAAAGGAGCUGGAAAAAAAACAAGCACUGGAGCUGGAGAUAGAGCAGAUGAGAGGUUCUUUAAAGACGAUGGAACAUAUGGAUGUGGAUGAGGACGUAGAUGCCAAGAAGAAGAUGGAUGAAAUCAAACAAAACUUGGAGGAGAAGGAGCAGGAGUUUGAUGAUGUAGAAGAACUUCAUCAAGCGCUUGUGGUCAAGGAGCGGAGAAAUAACGAUGAAGUGCAGGAGGCUCGUAAGGAGCUAGUCUAUGUAUGCACGUUUGAUCUCUCUUGUUUCACUGUUGCUUGGUUCAUUGAAUCUACUGUUUCUAGGUUCAUUGAGUUAUAUACCUCUAUACUCGUUAUACAGAAAUAAUGUAUAAAUAUAACUGAUAUGCAUCGAUGGAUAAUAGGUUCAAAAUUAUAUUUGUUGAAUGUUUGAAUUGCUGAUUCACAUUGAAGUUUAUGUCAUGUUUGGCACUCUAAUCUUGUAUUUUGGCAGGGAUUAUGGAA